CAGAGUCAUGGCUUUUGCCUUUCGCACUGGCACUGUUCAGCUCAUUGAAGAAAGCUUUCACAAGUUCAAGUUUCAGCAGUGCAGCAGCACAAGCUUGUGCAUGAUGCAGUGAUAGGCACAGACACCCCACUAUCCUCUUCUCGUGUCCUCUCCAUCAGCACACGUCUUCCUUUGUUCCUUGCUUUCACAAUUUGUCAACAGGGGUGUCCAUGAUGGAGACCGCGACGGCCACAUUCUCGAAUUGCUUGAGGUUUCCAGCCGCCGUGAGGAGCUCACCUCCGUGCAGCAAGGUCAGGGGGCUAGUGCUGGUAGCGUCUACAAUCCUUCAGCGCCAAAGCUAUUUCAAGCAAUGCUGCCUCCCCCUUUCCACCCAUUUCUUGAAGCCGGUAAGCAGAUUUGCGGUGGGGCCAUCCCCAGCCACCAAUGGAAGGCGGGCUGCACCAAUCACAGCAGUACAAACAGCGGAAGCAGCAGUGCGAACGUCCGAGCUGGACGCCGUUUCCCAAUUCAGUGAGAUUGUUCCAGACACCAUCAACUUUGAUGACAGCGAAGGCUUCCUCGCCACGGCUGCCACAGUGACGCCAGGGUUUCUUGUCAGCUUGAGCAACCAGGCAGGGGGAAAGCUCAAGGACGCUGUGGAUUCUGCUUUGGGUGCUGACUGCAAGCUGGAGGAUAACAGCAUGUCGUGCUUCUUGGACAAGGCCAUGGUGAACGUUGGAGCGAUCCUCUCCCGGCGUGUGUCCGGCAAGGUGUCGAACGACAUCGACGCACGGAUUGCGCACGACACGCAAGCCAUUCUCGACAAGGUGCACAAGUUGAUCCGCGACUAUGCUGAGUUAGAGGUGCCCCAGGACAAGCUCCUCUUCAGGAUCCCAGCCACGCUCGAGGGAAUCGAAGCUGUGAAGCAGCUCGAGUCAAAGGGCAUUCAGACGCAGGUCAACUUCGUCUACAGUCUUGCACAAGCCGCUGCUGCGGCAGACGCAGGGGCGUCCGUCAUCCAGAUCCUGGUGGGCCGGCUACGGGACCACGCACGUGCCAACUCUCAGGACGUUAUCCCGGAUCCAGGCGUGAGCUUGGUGAAGAAUGCGUACAACUACGUCCAGAAGAAAGGUCUCAAGACCAAGGUCAUGGCGGCAGCUCUGCGCAACAAGCAGGACGUCUUCAGCCUCCUAGGCGUGGACUAUCUGGUGGUUCCGGGCAAGGUCCUGGGCGAGUUGCAGAAGUCGUCGGCGGACCUCGACGAGAGCAGCGGCUUCUCGCGCGUCCUCUCUCCCGCGGGAGCGAAUGUUGCCCAGCUCGAGAAGGUGCCGGCCCUGACCCAGCAAAGCUGGAGCGCGGCCAUCGGUGAGGCGGCAGAGCACUUGCUGGCCGCGGGCUUGAAGGCGGAGGCCGAGCAGUCGGAGAGGGCAGAGGAACAGUUUGCCAAGAUCUGGCCCCCUGCCAACAUGUAGAUUAAAAGUUCUCGGCUCUUAGUAUGUCGCAUCUGCUUUUGAGUGUAGAAAGUUCAAAGGGCGGUAUCACGCCAUAGUGUUGCGAAGUAAGCUGUACUUGUAAGUGAGGGUGAUUGUCGAACCAUGGGAGGGCCGCCAUGUCAGAGACAGAAGCUGCGUUUUGCAACCGCUUAUGGUUGACACCCAGCAGCGCGCAGAUUUUCCAAAACCGAGUUGAUUAGGAUAGGACACAAGUACUUCACCUGUCUGCAUCAGUACAAUUGUUGCAAGUACUCAAGCAGCUGCAUCAACCUGUUUCUUAUCAACAUCGACUCGAGGAUCACAAUGAUGGUUGCGUGCAUGGUCAACAACACCGACAUGCUCCGCUGUCCUUUUCCAGAGA